AUGCAUAGUAUUCUUGAUGUUGUAGGAGGUUUUUUGUUAUUUUUAAUUUGUAUUAAACGAAUUAGAUUAUGGAUUUACAUAAGAAGCUAUUUUGAGAAUUUAGCGAAUUCAUGGUCAUGUUAUAGAAUUGGUAGAUUACGUAUUAUUAAUUCAAGUAUUUAUGUCUUUGUAAGUGCAUCAAUAGGUGGAUUGAUUAUUUUUUCAUUGAUUGGAGAUAUUUCUGGUGUAUUAUUAAUCAAUUUAUCAUCUUUAUUUAUGGCAGCAGUGUGGGGUCAAUAUAUUGAAAGAUCAAGUGGAUUAUCUCGACCAUUUGGUUAUUUUGGUUUUAUCAUAGGUGGUAUAAUGGGAUCAUUGAUUGUUUCAUGGUUUUAUAGUAUUUCUCUUGUUCGAAUAUUAUCAGCAUAUGCAUUAGCAAGUCCUUGGAUACAAGGUGUUGGUCGUUUUCGAUGUAUUAUCCAUGGAUGUUGUCAUGGUAGAUCAACAAAUAAAUUUAUUGGAAUAUUAAUAACUAAUUCACAAUCACGAGUAUGUUCUUUAUCAAAAUUAAAAAAUGAAUAUAUUCAUAUAACACAAGGUUAUUCAAUAUUAUCGAAUCUAAUUAUCGGGAUGUUGUUAUGGAGACUUUGGUAUUCAACUAUUUCAUUAUAUGUGAUAAUUAGUCUUUAUUUUAUUUUAAUUGGACAAAGUCGAUUUAUUGAAGAAAGAUUUCGAGGUGAAAUUCAAACAAAAGUUUAUUGUAAACUAAAAAUGUAUCAAUGGUUGUCAAUUUUAUUUGUAUUAGUCGGUAUUUUUCUAAGUAUGAUUUCAUUUGAUAAUGACACAAUUCAUAUGAAUUUUCUUUGUAAAUAUGAAUAUUUGAUCCCUUCGAUAUUAUUUGGAUUUAUUGCAACAUUUGCAUUGGCAAUAGAUUUUCCUGAAUCAAAAAAGAGAUUUUCUCGAUUAUGUGAUUGA